AUGUCGCCAGCCAAAACCUUCGAUUUAUCGACACAAGCAUCCAAGCUUGUAGGUCGACUGUUUUCUGGUCAGAAUGACCAGGUUGGGUUUAUGACUUGUGCUAUUUACGACACAGCAUGGGUAUCCAUGAUCACAAAGGAUUCACCAGAAGGUCCGCAAUGGCUCUUCCCUGAGUGCUUCAACUACCUGUUGCAAUCGCAGACAGAAGGCCAGGGAUGGGAGUCUGUCGAGCCUGGGAUCGAUGGUAUCCUGAAUACAGGGGCUGCAUUGCUCGCCCUUGUUGCACAUUGCAAGCAGAGACUCCAAAUCACCUCUCCAUCUGACGAUGAGCUUCGUCGGCGGAUAGAGUCUGCUACUGCAUCUCUCAAAGACCAGCUUGAGGCUUGGGAUGUGGCUAGUGCUGAUCGUGUUGGCUUCGAGAUCCUUCUGCCUUCAAUUCUCCGUUUGUUGGAGCGCGAGAACCUUACAUUUGAUUUCCCAGGUCGACCAGCCCUCAUGAAAUUGAACCAGACGAAGCUAUCAAAAUUGAAGCCGGAGUUCCUAUAUUCGAAACAAAAGACAACCGCACUCCAUUCUCUUGAGGCUUUUGUGGGGAUGAUUGACUUCGAUAAAGUCAGUCAUCACAAACAAUCUGGCGCCUUUAUGGCCUCUCCAUCUUCAACCGCUGCCUAUCUAAUGUAUUCUUCUUCAUGGGAUAACGAGGCAGAAGAGUAUCUGUGCAAUGUUAUUCGGAAUGGAGCUGGCCAAGGCAAUGGUGGUGUACCUAGCGCCUUUCCGUCAACUUAUUUCGAAAUGACAUGGGUUCUCACCACUCUCUUAGAGAACAGCUUUACUGUUUCCGAUAUUGGAGAAAAACAAGCGCAGUGUGCAGCUGUUUUCCUUAAAAAGGCCAUUGAAGAGCAUAGUGGUCUACUAGGAUUUGCAUGUAAUCUGGAAGCAGAUGCAGAUGAUACGGCCAAAGCUUUACUUGCUUUGAGUAUUCUCGGUGAUCAUACCUCCCCAACCGGGUUACUUAAGGAGUUUGAAUGCGAGACGCAUUUCCGUACAUAUAAAGGGGAACGAAAUGCAAGUUUCUCCGCAAACUGCAAUGUUUUGCUUGCGCUUCUCUCCCAGCCAAAUCCAUCCCUCUAUACAUCACAGAUUGAAAAGGCUACAAAAUUCUUGUGCAACAUGUGGUGGGAAAGCGAUACAUUCAUUGAAGAUAAAUGGAGCGUAUCACCAUACUACCCGUACAUGUUGCUGACAGAAGCACUCUCGAAGCUUCUGGCCGUAUGGGAUUCCGGAAACCUGCCAUCAUUUCCUAAAACUCUCAUUCGCGAUCGAGUUCUCAUAUCUAUUUAUCAAGCGUUGAUUCGUACAUUACAGAAGCAGAAUCCUGAUGGCUCCUGGGGACACCGCGGAUCCCGAGAGGAAACCUCCUACGCAAUUCUCACCAUAUUAAAUGCGUGCUGCAUACCACAUUUGGACUCUCUUUUCCCGGUUAUCGAUACAUCGAUUGACAAUGGUCGGCAAUUCUUGGAGCUACACUCUGGCGAAGCUCCAGACCCUCUCUGGAUAGAAAAAGUCACAUAUGGAUCGGCGGUUCUAUGCGAGAGUUAUGUUCUGGCAGCUCUUAAAUCGCAUCACAAGCGUGAACAAGCUUUGGCUAACAUCCGCUCGCUCGUUGAUGUACCGGAGAAAUCUGUCAAAAAAUAUGUCGCAUUCUAUUCCAGUCUCCCACUUUUUUCAGGUAUGGAACCUUGGAAGGUUCGUGCUGCAUUAAUCGAGGCGUAUCUUUUUCUUCCGCAGCUGCGUCAAAUCCGACUAGACGUCUUCCCUCGUACUCACAUGGAAGAGGACAAGUACUUCGAAUAUAUCCCCUUUACAUGGACUGGGAACAGCAACCACAACAACACUUUCCUCCCAACGAAAACACUGCGAGAUAUGAUGAUCCUUUCUUUCCUCAACUACCAAGCCGAUGAGUAUAUGGAAGCCGUUGUCGGGAGAUACUUUGGCACAGAAAAUGAGGCUAUAAUUUCCCUGAUUGAUGAUAUAUUUUCGGAUAUCGAAGACAGUCUGAAGGGUGCGACAAACAUGGAGGAAGAUGGUAGCCCAGCUCUGAAGAAGAUGAAAUUAACAAAGCAUCAUUCAGCGUUCAGUGGCAGUUCACCCACGAAACUGGGAAAUGGACACCGGACCAAAGAAUCCAACAAUGGCACGGAUACUCCAGGCCAGAAAAAGUUACAGGCCGGCCCUUCCCUUCAGGACGUAUCCGAAGUCCUACGAUCGUUCAUCAAAUAUAUAAUGCUUCACCCUUGCGUUAGCGAGGCCACUUCUUUGGAUCGCUCCCGUGUCAAAACAGAGCUACGAACAUUCCUCCUAUCACACAUGGAACAAUCCGAGGAUAACAUGCAAUUUUCCAAACAGCUUGACCAACAGGGUAGCAAGGCGGACAUAACCUUCCAGAAACCACGUUCUAGUUACUACAACUGGGUGCAUACGACCUCCGCUAAUCAUACCUCGUGUCCAUACUCAUUUGCCUUCUACCAGUGUCUUCUAGCUACAGAGCAAAAGAACCGUACCGCUGCAAGUCUCGGGAUCCAGCAAAGGUACAUCUCAGAGGCUAUGUGUCGCCACCUUGCUACUCUUUGUCGCAUGUACAAUGACUAUGGAUCCGUGGCUCGAGAUAGAGAUGAGAGAAAUUUGAACUCUGUUAAUUUUCCUGAAUUUGCUCCAUCGUCUCCAUCUGACGGGGGCUCUGAUGACGAUUCUCUUCGGAAAGAGCUGCUUCUUCUUGCAGAGUAUGAACGCGAGCAGAUGGAGACGGCUCUUGGGAAACUUGAAGACCUGGCUGCAAACGACAAAGGCCAACAGAGGGUGUUGCAAAAGGUCCGGAUGUUCUGUGAUGUAACCGAUUUGUAUGGUCAGAUAUAUGUUGCCAGGGAUAUUGCAAGUCGGAUGUAA